UAUUCUGACACAUCCAACAUGAAUUAUUCUGACAUAUCUGAUGAGAAUUACUCUGACGUAUCCAAUAUGAAUUUUAAUGAAGAAUAUAAGGAAGUUGCUCGUGAAGGUUUCUAUCUCUUGAAUUCCUAUUUAGGAAGGAAGUCGCCUGUGAAGAGUAGUAUCUCGGAGGAUUUUGAAAUAGUGGACGUGCUAAAUAAAAAUGGCAUCAAGUGUAAAGCAUACUAUACUGACAAUUAUAUUGUGCUUGUUGGAAAACAUGAGGAUAUGAACUUUAUUAUCCACUACGUGAAAAGAGAUCAGAACUCAAUCGGAAAGAACGAAAUAAUCCUUCUAAUUAAUGAUUUGGAACAUCAACAAUCCGAAUUCGUUG